AUGGGCAAAAGCGGCAGUAAACUAAAAGCAGAAGAAAUCAAAUCAUUGGCUCAACGAACUUAUUUUACGGAAAAGGAAAUUAAGCAGUGGUAUAAAGGAUUUGUUAGGGAUUGCCCAAAUGGAAUGCUUACUGAAGCUGGUUUCCAGAAGAUUUAUAAGCAAUUUUUCCCUCAAGGAGAUCCAUCUGAUUUUGCCUCCUUUGUUUUCAAAGUUUUUGAUGAAAAUAAGGACGGAGCCAUAGAGUUUCAUGAGUUCAUCAGUGCUUUAUCAAUUACAUCACGUGGCAAUCUGGAUGAGAAACUACAUUGGGCUUUCAAACUGUAUGAUUUGGAUAAUGAUGGGUUUAUAACACGUGAUGAGAUGUUAUCGAUUGUUGAUGCUAUCUAUAAGAUGGUUGGAUCAACAGCCAAGUUACCUGAUGACGAGAACACUCCUGAAAAGCGUGUUGAUCGUAUUUUCAAAAUGAUGGAUAAAAAUAAUGAUGCUCAACUGACUCUGGAAGAAUUCAAGGAGGGAGCAAAAGCUGAUCCAUCCAUAGUACAUGCUUUAUCUCUUUACGAAGGAUUAUCAUCCUGA